UCUGAUGAAGAAAAGUGAAAUGUGGGAAGGGACUCAUCUAUCCAAGUAGGAGACAAUACAGAAGAAAAUGGCGACCAUAUACAGAAACAGGCAAUUGAUGUACUUGUCAGCCCUUCUCUUCUUUUAUUUUGCAAGUAUUGGAUGUUUAACUCCGUUUUUGACUUCUCAUAUGCGACAUCUGGGUUUUUCGCUGAGUGAAAUAGCCUUCAUCAAUGCCGUGUCUGCUUUUUUCAGUUUGAUCGGACCUGUUUUGGGUGGAACGUUUGCCGAACGAAGAAAUCGAUACAAGUCAACCACUUUCUUUUUCGUUCUUGUUGGAUCUCUUGCGUUUGUAGCUCUUUCAUUUGUGCCAAGAUAUGAGAAACUAAACUACAGGCCAUUGGUAGAUUUUGACUGCAGUGCGGGCCUUCGAAUCGAGCGGUGUGUCAACUGGGUUACUUGCGGCGAAGCACUUGAGCCAACUAGCAAUGCAACCAAAGUCAAGUUAUCUGACUGUCAUUAUCAAUGCCCGAAACACGGCCACUUUACGUCUACAUAUCCUCUUCAUAUUUGUUUUCAUGGAGAAAACGGCAACAUUUGUGUCGUGUACGAUGCCGAUAGUUUGAACAAUUCCCUUACACAGUUUGAAGGUCUUUUACAAACAUGGCCAUAUGUGGAAAUUCCUGCUCGCACCAAUGUGACUGUAACGAAUGCCAGUGAAAUUGAAGAAGACGUACCUCGGGCUCAUGUUGCUAUGUGUAAUUAUCUACCUAUAGGUCCCAUUGGUUUUGGACAUAAACAUUACCAAGGAAUAACUUGCAGACCAACUAGGGAUGACUGCACUAUUCACUGUAGAGUUUCCUUCUCAAUGGGUGAAGCACCUGUUCUUCCUAGGCCUUGUGAAGAAGCUUUUGGAAAUCCUACAACUACAUUUUGGAGUUAUUUAGUGCUCAGAAGCAUCGGAGAUUUGUGCUUGUUGACAACUAUAUGCCUUCUGGAUGCCAUCACUAUUUGGAGCACCAUCGAUUAUGAAGGAGCUUAUGGGCGAAUUCAUAUCUGGGCUGCUCUUGGUAUUGCAGCUAUGGCCCCUUUGAGUGGUACAUUAUUUGAUUACUAUACAGAUAUGGCUGGACGAAUGGAUUUUUCCCCUUCGUGUUUUCUAGCAGCAGCUUUUUCUGUCAUUACUUGUAUAUUACUCAUUGUCUUACCCAUACACAGGCAAAAAUCAGCUCCAUUUCAACAAGCGGUGACUCCAUCUAAAGAAAUCAAGUUCUGCUCCGGAGAAAUGGCUGUUUUCUUGACUGUUGUGCUCAUUCUAGGCAUGCAGUGCAGCAUACUUUACACCUUCCUUCCUUGGCUAACUACGGAUAUUGGAUGUUCUUCAAGAAUCAUCGGUUUAUCAUUCACCCUCAUGUUCGGAUUCAGUAUUCCAUUCCUCAUCAUAUCAAAGAACAUGGUGCGCAACAUUGGAAAGGUUAAUCUCUUGGUGUUUGCCUUUUUGUUCUAUUUCACCCGUUAUGCUGGCAUAACGUAUGUUUCAUCACCCUGGUGGACUUUACCUUUCGCCGUUAUGGGAAGCUUUACUUUGUGCAUAAUGUGGAUUGCUUCUGUAGCAUAUGGACAAUCACUGGCGCCGACUGGAUACAGUUUGAUCAUGCAGUACAUUCUGAACAUUCUUCAUUUUGGUUUGGGUCGUGGAAUAGGAAGUUUGGCAGGCGGAGCACUGAUCUCAAUCUAUACACAACGCGUAGUCUUCUGUGGGAUUGCUGUAUUUUCUGUUGUGUUCGCAUUUAUUUAUCUCACCAUUUAUCAUCUGUCUUUCAGAAAACGACGAAAAGCAACGUAUCCAGCUUUACUUAAUGGUUCGUGGUACCCACUUCGUGAGCGUUAUCCCAAUGGAGACGCCAAAGCCCACCAACCAAUUGUAGUUGAUCAAGAUGAUGACGUUGAAAAUUCGCCAAGUAACCACCAGUCCGCCGCUAAGUGAAGAAUUUAACGAAGAUAAUAGGUCUAAGAUUUGGAGAAUUAACGCUUCCUUAGUUGUUGCUAUCACACUUUAAAUCAAAUGGAGCUAUUUUCUACUCCAUAUAAAGUCUGCUUCUUUUAACUGAUGCGGCGAGACGAAAAGAGGGAGCUAUUCAAAGAACAAAAAAGAGAAGAUGAAAGAAAAGUUCUCUCAGAAAUGCUUUUCUACGAGCCUUUUUCAUUUUAGAGUUUUAACUAAUUUCUUUUUUUUUUUUUUUUUUUUUUUUUUUUGUGAUAAGAAAAAAGGAAUUAUGUAUUUUGAAAUUUAGUGGUACUUUUCACUUUUAUUAAGCGAAUGGUUGGAUAAGAACGCUUUGGAUUUGCAUUUUUUAAAAAAAGAAAUGCACCUUUACACUAUUCUCUGUGUAAAUACACAAUGAAAACAGAAAAUUUCACAAUUUAUGUGAUUUGUGACUUUAAAGGAGUAGUCAACUAAUGAUUUCAUUGUUCACAGCCGGGUCUGAUGAAACUGCAACUGAAUGAAACUAUACAGUUCUGACUAUAGCAAUAAGUUGCUUUGUUUAAUUAUUUUUGAUGUGAGCAAAAAACGAAACUGCUCAUAAACUGCAUAAAAUUUCCGAAAAUGUUAGAACAAUGUUUUGGAAAAUACAAUUAACAAUCAUUUUUGUUUAGCUUAUAAUUAAACUUUUUGAUUAGUUCACAACAUAGUGAACUUACAGAAAAUUUCUCCAGUGAAACUAAUAAACAAGCUUUCACUUGCAAACGAUAUUGGAUCAAAAUAUUUUUUACUUUUACACGAAAUAUUGCGGCCCAUUAUACAUAAUCGUAUUCUACAAAGGAGUGAUUCCAUGGUAACAUACUUAUCAUUGUUGCACGAAAUACCCCACAGAGAUUCUUAAUAAGUUAGAUUAUUGUUCCAUAGCAUGAAAUUGAAGAAGAACAUGGACACUAUAUUCAUACAAAAAUACAAUUAAAUUUUGAAGAUUUUCGGAAAAAAUAUUUAUUUUAUUCGUUUUGGUCAGUAACAGAAGUAUACAUCAUAAAAUACUACUGUUACUGAGCAAAAGAAUCGUUAUUUAAAUGUUGUUUCUGAAAAACUGCUAACAUAUAAGAGUCCAUAUUCUUCAUAAAGUUCAUGCAAUAAAACAGGAAUCAAACAUAGAUGAAGUCUUUGUAUUUUGCAGGGUGUUUUGUGAAACGAAUGAAAAAUCUAUUAAAAUGGAUUUCUUAAAAAGCUAUUUACUUAUUAAAGGUAGCUGAAAAAAACAAACAAACUUUGCAUGAAAUUCUAAAUACAUGAGCAGAAAUACAAGCUCAUAUGUUACUUGUUUAUUACUAAUGAAUUUCACGACUUUUCAUUAAAAUAUUAAAUUACGUAAAGAAGCAUAAAUAAUACCAAACUGAUUGCUGACACUUGUUUCGAAGUUUCAAGAACUCCUUUUCCAAUGCAACGAAGAGUGAGCUUUAGAAUGAAAUUGCUGAUUUGUGCUUGAUUACGUAUUUCACUGUUGUUACUUUGUUGCACAAAGGUAUUUAUUCAUUUCAUGACUUUUGUUUGUUCAUUCAUUUUCAAUCUAAAAAUUUUCAUAAAGACCUGUAUCAUUGAAUUUCUCAACUCUCUCCUUCAUUGUUUUAUCAUAUUUGUUUGUGAAUUUUCAUUCCUAUCAUUUCCAUACAUUACUAAAAUAUCUGUUUCAAAAAGCUCGGAUAAAUUUGAUCCUCUCAUGGGAUAUUUUGGAAAAUAGUAUAAACGCUAAGGAUUUUGUAUUGUUAAUAAUACUGCUCGGAGCUCCAGCCUUCGAUUUUAAGCAGUUGAUGAUCAACAGCGAUUUUAAAGACCUCAAAUUUCUUAUAUUUCAUUGUACCAAUUUUUGAGCAUCAAGUACGAAAAUGAAUCAAUUAUUAUUAAGCGAUUAGUGACCAAACUAUUAUUAAGUGAUUAGUAUGUAUCGCUUAUUGUAUUCUAUAUAAAAUACUCAGAACAGUAUUUAAACUAUUGUGAUAGUAAAACUAUUUUAGUAUAGUUCAUGAAAAGUAAAUGUAGCUCAAUAAAAUACCUCUCUACAAAAAAUACGAAAUUUUGAGCAGAACAGCAUCAAUAUUUUGUCCUAAACAAAUGUAUUUUAAAUAUUUAGAAGUGAGACGAAAUAUAUGAGGCAGUGAGAAGCGAAGGGAUGUAAGUGGCAAAAUCGUAAAUUUGGAAAUAACCAGUACACAUGGUAGGUGAACCUUUCCUUUGUCUUGGAGCAAGAGAUGGUACUAGUAGCCCUGGUAGUUGCUGCUAUACAGCAUGAUUAAUAAAAAAAAUUUCAAUGAAAGCCUACCAAGGAUCUUGUCUUUAAACGCGUUUUACUCAAAACUUGAAAAUGUCCACUUGCAUCCCUUUGCUUCUCACUGCCUCACAUAUACUUGACAUUUUACAUCUUACUAUGUAUUUAAAAUUCAAGUGUAAAAAUUCAAUGAACUGUUCUCUGACAUGUUUCCCUUCAGGUUUUUCAUAAAGAAAAAUAGUAUUUUGCUGUUCGUGGUGCACUUCAGAUAAUAUGAAAACUGCGAGCAUUUUAAUUUUUUAAUAAGUUUCACUGCCUGUAUUUCUACAAAAUGAAAUUUCUGUCCAGUGCCUGGAAAUACCGUUAGAAAUGUAUGCAUUAGCUACUGUACCCAAAUAUGAUCAUUUGCUUGGUGUACGAUAGAGAAAUGUGUGUACAACACUAUUUCUUAUACAUAUCUAUAUUUCUCAUACAUACAUUUCUCAUACUGUAUAGAAAACUAAUAUUUUUCAUAAGCUAAAUAUGUAUGAAGUCAAAGUAGAUGAUAUUUUAUACGAUCUGUUCUUUGGUAAACUUUUCACAUCUUUACUACGUGGGAUUACAAAUCAUUUGUAGCUCGAACUAAAGGCAAAAGCUCUCCAUUAGCAUCAUAUUUCUCCCCAAAAAGUGUUUCUGCAGCUAGUAUGGUAUUCAGAAAAGUAACUAGAAUUAAUCGUUGAUUUAGAGAGCUUUUUUUUUAUCAUUAUUUUGGUCUUCACAGAUAAAUUGACUUCUGGUUGAUUACACGACGGAAAUUUUAACUACUUUUCCUGAAAAAGUGAAAACAUUAUACACAUCUAAAACUAGAAUUGCUAUCCCGCAGAGGUUUGAUGUUAUUUUUUGCAAAAAUAGGUUUACAAAUAAAUUUAAUACCGGUAUGGUGGAAGAAAAAAUUAUGUGAAUUUCACCAUUUUUACUUGUUAUUUGUUUUUGUUCUUUGUUUAUUAUUCCACAUAAAAAUAAGAUUUUAAAAAACUUUUCCGCUGACAUUUCUACCAGCUUUUCUCCUCCUCCCAAGUCCGAUGAUCGAGUAUAACCCGCGUGUUUCAACAAUAAAAUUCUCGCCACCGCAUGAUGAUUUGAUAAUAUGUUUUAGUAAUGUUCAACAUGCAGGGAAAGGCUGAACUCGACCCGGUAACUUAACUGUUUUACAAUAAGACUGUGUCAUUUCAGGGGAACGAAGAAACGAAAAAAUGGUCACUAAUGAACAUUACCUACUGGAGUUUAGGGUUAAUUCAAGGGAGUUAGGGUUACAAUCUCAACUAUCAAAAUUAUCAACAAACAGGCAAUGGCUUCGUUCCAAUGUAGAAGCAAUUUUCACCCGUCAUACCUUGACGGGCGACUUUCUAGUCCUUAAAAUAA